AUAGAGAGCUCAUUGAACUUCGGUGGUAUUCUAAAGUUGAAAGUUUUUCCCUCCCUCAACUAAUUACGUAAAUCGAGCCUUGACUGCGAGGAAUUCAUUCGAUUGUGAGAGGAACAUUAGUCGAACACUUGAUCACUAGAGGCGAAUAGAGACGUUUGAAAAAGCAACUUCGAGAAACUUUAGUGAUUUACUCCAUCUUUCCUUAGUGUUGAAAGAAUCAUGGCAGUUGGAAAGAAAUACCUCGAUGGCACAACAUUUGUUCAACUUGCUAUGGCGUUGUCUCUGAUGAGACCUGAGCUUCAAGGAUUUGUUGGUCAGAACACAACUCCGCCGAUGCCUGUGAACAUGGGAUACCCACAGAAUUUAACUGGUGUAGUCCCGUACAAUCAUGUUCCCAGCACUACUAACUUCAACUUCAACUUGGCACCUAAAGAAAGUAAUGUUCAACACCCCCUAAAUGAGUUUCUGGAUUGGCACACAAGUGGUAACAAUCAGUUUGACACAGAUGCAGUUGCCAUGCUUUUCAACGGGGAAACCCAUACCGCCCCAAGAGAAACGAGAGCUUCGUUUAGUACGGAGUUAGAGAGCGGUUAUAGCUCCGAUGGCGGUCGUUCGCCUUCAGCUAUUUCCUCUGUUGGUGGCUCACCACAACACGAAGCUAGUUAUACAAACACACAGGCCCCUGAAGCAGAUUACUUCGGUGCCGCUGGCUUCACUCCGACCGAAGAAGACCUUCUGAAGUCCAUCGACUUUCAACUCGAGGAUUAUAUCGAUCUCGACGCCAUCUACGAGGAACCACCUCAGAAAAAAGCAGCGUUUUUGCCAGAAGAACUACCUUACCCAAAGAUUAAAACCGAACCGUUGCCGAGCCCUGAUGAUUCUUACAGAAAGUUCCCCAACUCUCCGCAAGAGUUUCACUCGCCCUCCGAUCCCAACCGAAAGAAUCCCUUUGAAGAAACCUUCAACUUUGAGGAACAGUUCUUCAACGCUGACCCGUUCUCUAUUGAUUUUGCGCCAACAGAAGAAGAACUGCAAGAAGUGGGACCUAACACAGACCCUGUGUUUGACCUGGACUCGUUUGCAGUCAAUCUAGAUGAUCUUCCUCUCGACAUAUUCGACCCAAAACCAACGGGGCAACAAGCGAUCGAAAAUAAACAUGAUAGCCUGCUUCCCCUCGGUCAAGAACCGGUGCCAAUAUUUUCAGAGGCCACCGCAACGAGAAAUGAUAGCGGAUUUCCUUCAACUGAAUCCUUGCUUCCUCAAGCUACCAGAGACUGGCAGAGUCACUCUUUCCCACUCUUACCCGGUGCAAACAUCAAACAAGAGAAACCUGAGAUUGUAAGAGUUCCAAGUGUGCCAGUAAGCACAUCUACCAGGUUUACGCCUUCAACUGCUCCCAAGGAUUUCAAUGGGGCACGCCCAGCUAUAGCUGCAGCUGGGGCAUCACACUUUCCAGCAUCAGAAGAUGAAAUAGUUGACAUGAGUAUUAAUGAAUUUGGCAGCUUUUUGGAAACACUUUCAGAACCUGAUGCGCAGAAGGCCAGAGACAUACGUAGAAGAGGAAAGAACAAGGUUGCUGCACGCUUGUGUCGCAAAAGAAAGAUUGAUGUUGUCAGUGACAUAGAAGAUGAUAUUCAAAGUAUGAGAAAGAAAAAGGAGGAAAUUAUCAAGCAAAGGCAAAAACUCUUGGCUGAAAAUGCCUAUUACAAGAAGAAAGUCGAUGAACUACAGGAUCACCUGUUUCAAAGUUUAAGAGAUGAAAGUGGCCGUCCUCUUUCAUCAAAAGAAUAUACCAUCUUCCAAGGUGCUAAUGGUAGCAUCUAUGUAGGAAAAAAUAUAGACAGUGAAUCAAAGAAGAAACAAAACGGCCACAGUAGUAAAUAAGUACCAGUUAGAGUUUUGUUAGGUAAGAUUUGUGAAUAUAGUAUCAGGCCUUGUGGGUCACAGAAUUGAAGAUGCAGAUUUGAAAACAUCUUCUGAAGAGACAAUGUGAACAUUGAGGAAAGUUACUCAAAGUUUAGCAUUGCAGUAAGUUGCACAUUAGUGGAAUUGAAAGUAGCCUGUGUUUUGUGAUGCCUCAACUCUGUAGCCAGGUGGUAUUUUAUUCAAGAAUGCAAAGAAGUUUAGGUCUGUUGGUACACAUGAGAAUGUAGAGUGGGUAUGUGUAAGCUAUCAGAAUACUUUUUCCAUGAAAUGGCAGUUUUGAACUUAGAGAAAGAUAGUGUCCUACUGGUGUUUGAAAAAUAACAAACUCAGUCACCAGAAAAGUUUCACUAAUUAUUUGGAAGUAACAUGUGCAAAUGUAGAGUGUUGUAAGAGGUGAUGAAAAUUUAUUUAUUUGGUUAAUAGACAUUUUCAAGUUUCAUUUUGUUUAGUUCAUUACAGUCACUUUCAGAGAAUUAACACAAAAGUCCCACAUUAUAGUACUUUUCCAAGUUAGGUCACUUUAAAAUGUUUCAGUUUUUCAAAUACUUCUAAAAGAUUAGGAAAAAAAACUUACGUUGUUCAUUAAUUUUUAAUUAUUUACCCAACAAACAUAUUCCUGUGAAUUUUUUCGGUAGGAAUUUAUUUUUAUGUGAGAUCUGUCUUAUGUUAAGAACAACAAGUAUCCAAUUUAAUUGGCAGAAGUGUUGUUUUGGGUAAAAAUUUUCAUUUUUUUUUUUUUUUUUCAUACAGGUUGAGUAAUGUAAAUAUUGUAAAUAUUAUGUUAAAAAUUUUCUCAGACAUUCUUUUAUAACUUCAAAGUUCCACAUUAACCCUUUAACUCCCAGAAGUGAUUAACAUAAAACUUCUCCCUACAAUAUCCAUACAUUCUUCAGCAAACAGGUGAUGAGAAUAUUCAAACUUAUCAGAUAGAAGCUGCUAUCUUGAUCUAGCACCAAGUUCUCAUAACUAAUUUACAAGGAAAUGUGUGGCAGCUACAAAGGAGAAUUGACAAUCAGAUCUUGGGAGUUAAAGGGUUAGUAUAAAUGAAAUAAAAGUGUAAUUUUAUAAGUACUUUUACGUACCUUUCCACUGAUACUAGAGGAAAAAAAAAAGGC